AUGAAAAUACAAAAAGAUGGCGAAUCGUUCGAACAGUUUGUUACGGACUUGAGAUUACUCAUCAAAGAAUGUAAUUAUCCAGAGGACAUUCUUGAUGACAUGGUCCGGGAUCACAUUGUAUUUGGCGUUCGAUCUGUGAAACUCUGCGAAAAGUUCAUAAGCGAAGGGAACGGUUUAACGUUACAGAAAUCUUUAGACAUUGCUAGAACUUAUGAACUUACAAAAUCACGCAUUCAACAAAUGGACAACAAUAAAAGUGUAAAUGCCGUUACACCAAGGACAUAUCACCACCCAGAGGCAAAGAGGAAUCCAAAACAAAGGUCGAGAGGCAAACUGAAGUAUUCUAACGCUGGCACGAAGAAGGCUACGUGUUCAAACUGUGGAUCAAAACACGAGACCAAGGACAUAUGCCCAGCAAGAGGGAAAGACUGUCUUGACACUUGCCUUGCAAUGAAUCUACUCAAUUUUGUAUCAGCAGUAGAACCUGACGUUUCUUACACAAAAGACCAAGUUAUUUCAAAAUACCAUGAUGUAUUUACUGGUCUGGGAACACUUCCAGGUGAAUGUGACAUACAUAUAAAAUCAGAUGCAAUACCUGUAGUACACCCUCCAAGACGUGUAUCUAUUGCAAUUAAGGAGAGACUAAAAACAGAAUUAGACAGAAUGGUUCAAGACAAAGUCAUUGUCAAAGUGACAGCACCGUCUGUAUGGGUCAACAGUAUGGUAACUGUUGAAAAACCCAAUGGCUCUUUAAGGGUAUGCCUAGACCCUAAAGACCUGAAUGAGGCAAUAGUGGGACCACACUAUUCAUCUAGAUCAAUAGAUGAUAUUUUGCCUGACUUGACAGGUGCAACCGUAUUUUCCAAAUUUGACGCGAGAACCGGUUAUAGACGUCUUCGUCCAGAAAAUGGAGUCUUGUCUUUGAAUGGCGUCAAGGUAAUUGUUGACGAUAUUGUUUGUUAUGGCAAAGACAAACAAGAACAUGACAGAAACUUGGACAAACUUAUGGAAAGAUGUCAACAAAAAGGUCUCAAAUUCAAUGCUGACAAAACCGAGAUUGAUAAGUCAGAAAUACCUUUCUUUGGACAUUUACUGACGUCAGACGGACUGAAAAUUGAUCCUUCAAAGGACAUUCCAGUAGCUGACACACUAAGUCGUAACUAUUUGCAAGAUGAACAGAUUGAUGUAUGCAAAGACAUAGAUGUUCAUGUACAUUCUGUCAUGGAAAACAUUGCUAUGAGUGAUCAGAAAAUGACCCUGAUCAAAAGCAAAAUUGAGACUGAUCAAGAGAUGCAGACUCUGAAACACACAAUAUUAACAGGUUGGCCUGAUAAGAGACAGACCUGUCCAAAUAGUAUUUUACAAUAUUGGAAUUUCAGAGACGAACUAACAGUCAUUGACGAUUUUUUGUUAAAAGGAAACAAUGUCAUAAUUCCCAAAGAUUUGAGACGUAUGAUGCUGGACAAAGUUUAUGAUUCACACUUAGGCAUAGAGAAAUGUACUCAGCGUGCAAGAAGUGUAAUGUUUUGGCCCAAUAUGACCAAAGACAUAAAGAACAAAGUACUCAAUUGUCCCAUAUGUCUUGAACACAGAAACUCCAAUGUCAAGGAACCAAUGAUUCCUAAUCAGAUUCCCAGCAGGCCAUGGGAAGUUGUGGCUACUGAUAUUUUUCACUGGAAUGACAGCAACUACAUUGUUGUAGUUGAUCUGUAUAGCAGAUAUUUUGAAUGCGGGUUACUCAGAAAUAUGAGAACAGACACGGUUAUUCACAAAUUGAAGGGCUAUUUUGCUGCACAUGGAAUAUCCUCAAAAGUCAUUAGUGACAAUGCAGGACAAUAUUGUAGUCAGGAAUUUGACAAAUUUGCUAGAGAAUGGGAUUUUGAACAUGUUACGUCAUCGCCUUUACACUCACAAGGCAACGGUGUUGCUGAAAAAUGUAUUCAAACAAUCAAAAAGAUGUUCACAAAAUCUCUACAAGAUAACAAAGAUCCGUAUCUUGCAGUUCUCGAAUACAGAAAUGCACCGCUUUCAUGUGGCAAAUCACCAGUACAAUUACUAAUGAGUAGGGAGACUAGGUCUAUUUUGCCAGUAACACGCAAACACCUUGAACCGAAAGUUCAAAAUAGGCAAGAAAUCAAAAGCAAAAUGUCAAAAUCAAAAAUCAAAUCAAAGACAUGGUUUGAUAAAUCUGCCAAGCCACUCACACAAUUGUCACAAGGAGAAACAAUUAGAAUCAAACAAGGUAAACGCUGGAAACAGGCAAUUGUUAGGAAACAAGUGCAUGACAGAUCAUACAUUGUUGAAACUAAUGAUGGUGGUGUCUAUAGACGAAACAGAAAUCAUUUGUUGAAGACAAAUGAAAAACCAUUUCAAAUCAUAGAUACACAUCCAUGCAAUGGCAACGACAUUCGUCUAACUGAUCAAUCACAACAUGACAGUGACAGAAACAUACAAAAUCAAUCAGAGCGAAACUUUUCUCAUGAUAACACUCAGUCGCAACAACAACAACCAUCACCACCAACUGAUGUUGCUGGCAAUACUGAUCAAAAUUCUAACAUGUACGUCACUAGAUCAGGAAGACAGGUCAAAGUACCUCAAAGGUUGGAUCUUUGA